UUGGAGGGCCGGGCUUCUCCCGCCAGCGCCAGUCCCACCGCGGCGCACGCGCAGUAGCUACGUUUCGCCUCACCCCCCCCCCGGAGCGCCGGGGUAUAAAAGCGGCCAUCAGCUGAUGCUCCCGCAUUGCAGGCGGCGGAACCUCUGACGAGAGACGCUCACAAUGAGACGCUUCGCCCUCCUCGUCUUCCUCUGCUCACUGGCAGCGGUUGCUUUGACAACUCCCUUGCUUUUGAAGAAAGACUGUGCAAAAGGGCCAGAGGUGUGGUGCCAGAAUUUGCGAACUGCAUCUGAUUGCAAAGCAGUUAAACAUUGUCAGCAAAAUGUGUGGAACAAGCCUACUGUGGAGAGUAUUCCCUGUGACUUGUGUAAAGAAAUUAUAAAAGUGGUUGGGAAAUUCUUAAAGAGCAAUGAUACAAUGGAAGAAAUAGAUGAAUAUUUCAACAAAAUUUGUGAAUUUCUUCCUGAAUCAGACCUGGUAGAGCAGUGCAAGGACAUAGUGGAGGCUUAUUUGCCAAACAUUUUGGAUAUGGUCAAAUCAGAACUCGAGAAUCCUGAAGUUGUAUGCAGUGCACUCACACUAUGUCAGUCUCUUCAGAAGCACCUGGCAGAAGUAAAAGUACAAAAUCAGCUUCAGUCCAACAAAAUUCCAGAACUAGAUUUCUCUGAACUGGCAUCUCCUUUCAUGGCUAAUGUGCCACUUCUUCUUUAUCCUCAGGAUAAACCUAAGAAAGAAACUAAGGGAAAUGGAAAUGUGUGCAAUGACUGUGUUCAGCUGGUAACAGAUCUUCAAGACACUGUGAGGAACAAUUCAUCUUUUGUUAGUUCUUUAAUUGAACAUGCCAAGGAAGAGUGUGAACGUUUGGGUCCUGCCCUGUCUGAAGUGUGCAAAGGCUACAUUUCUGAGUAUUCCUCCCUGGCUAUUCAGAUGAUCAUGCACAUGCAACCACAGGAUAUUUGUAACACGAUAGGAUUAUGUUCUUCCCUGAAAUCUGUACCCCUCCAAGCUCUGGUGCCUGCUAAAGUUAUCUCUCCAGCAAAGAUAGAGCCACUUGAGCCAGUUGAGCCAGUUGAGACCAACCCAACUCAAAAGGAAGCAUUCUCUCUUUGUGAAGUAUGUACUAUCAUAGUAGAAGAAGUGAGCAGCCUUCUGGAAAGCAAUAAGACGGAGGAGGAGAUGAUACAAGGAAUGGAGAAAGUCUGUUUAGUGCUACCUGAAAAAACCAGAGAGGAGUGCAAGGACUUUGUGGAAGUUUAUGGGAAAUCUAUUCUUGACAUGUUGUUGGAAGCUACCAGUCCUAAAAUGGUGUGUGUGAUGCUGAGAUGCUGCAAAAACAACAUUUUACCAGCUGAAAUUGCUCCAGUGCAAUCAGAAUUGGGAGGUGUCUGUGAUGUGUGCAAGAUGAUCGUUGCUUAUGCAGACAAGGAACUAGCAAAGAAUGCUACCACUGCUGAGAUAGAAAUGUUUCUCGAACGAGUCUGCCACUACUUACCCGAGUCUGUUAGUGACCAGUGUGUUCAGUUUGUGCAGCAGUAUGAGGCAACAGUUGUGCAGCUUCUCGCAGAAAUGAUGGAUCCUACUUUUGUGUGCACUAAACUUGGAGUUUGCACAUCAUCCACUAAACCUCUUUUGGGAUCAGAAUUCUGUGUCCGAGGACCGGGGUAUUGGUGUAAGAACAUGGAAACUGCAACUCAGUGUAAUGCUGUUGAACACUGCAAGCGCCACGUGUGGAACUAGAAGAUGCAUCAUCUUUGGCCAGCUCUUUUUUCAUUCUUGGAAGAAAAUGGAAGCCAAGGGUUAGGCUAGUAAAAGCUAAAUCUUAGUGUCUUGAUCUUCUCCCUCUCCAUUUCAAGUACCUUUUUACGAAUCGCGUAGUAGCAGUGCUACUAUCCUGGAAGGAUCCAUUGUUUUGACUUACUGAUAUUUCUAACUCCAGUUGUAGACCUUUGCGAUACAUGAAAACAUACUGCCAAUUGGCCAUUUGGCCAAUUUGGUUCAGUGUUUCUGAGAAGGAGUAAUAAUAAGCGUGUGUGUAUGUAAGUAAACUAAGGGCAGUGCUGGUGUGUCUUGAUUUUUUUUUUUAAAAAAAAACAUUCUUGCUGAUAAUUAAACCGAAAACAUGGGACUGCAGUGCUCUCUAUUAAAAUAGCUGUUUAUACCCUUUUGUGAACAGUUAUUUUGCAGACAAAUCUUCCAAAUAAAUUCUUAGCUGCUGGCUUAAAAUUGCCAUAGACAGAGCAAAUCCCAUUCUUUCCAAAGGGAUGACUUAGGUAUGCCCACAAUUAUGUCAUAAUUAAGGUCCCAACUGCAGAAGAGGUCCCCAAACCAGGUUGUGGCCCACUACCAGGUGGGCGCUCUCGCAUGUGCACUAAGCUGAUGUCCAUCGCUUUCAAAGCCGGAAAGAUUGGGGACCGUUGCUCUUGAGUGUUACAUCUACUUGCAUGAGUAGGCAUUUUCUUGGAUUUAUACUAGGGAUAAAUCAGAAUGUCUACGAGCAAAAUGUUAACUGGCAGUCAUGACUGACUUGUGUGUGAAGAAAGCUGUGGUUCGCUGGAGUGGGGAGCAAGCACACAGACUCAAAAACAGUACCACUUGUUGAACCAUAUAUAAAUAAACUAUGAAGCCCUUAAACCCCUUGACUUCUGACUUUGUUUAAAACACAGAUUUGUAGAAUGAAGUUCCUAAAAUAAUCAACCUCGGCAUUAUUGUUAAAGUUAGGAAUAUAAUUUUUUUUUAAUUUUAUAUAUCUUGGGUGCACUUUUGAGGGCAUUGACUUGAAUUCUUCAGACUGAUAUGUGUUUUUUGUUGUUUUUUGUCUGCUGCUGGCUCCAAAUUCUUGCUGCUUUGAAAUAAACAUAUAAUGAAAAGCAACAGCAAAUUAAUAUAGAUGUUUGUUGUGUGGCAUUGUAGUUAACAUCUCCUUUAUAAGAGAUUAUUUGUUGUUGGAAAAUAUAAUACACUCCCUGUAAAAGAAAAGUGGCAUUCUGUGAGGUAAAACACAUUUCUGUAUAUAAUCCAGUUUCUUGCUGAUAGGAAACGAUUUCAUAUUUUUUGGACAAAUUCUUACAACUUAAUGUAAAUAUAUGCAGAGUAAUAUCUUACCUUCAGAAAUGAGCUGGGAAGAUAAGCAGCUGCUUUAACAAACUGCUCUAUUCUAUUUUUUUUUCUUUUUGCACUGAAGCUUCUGUAAUUCAAUAAAGUUGUAACUACA